CCAAAAUGGGCCGAACGAUCCUGGAACUAAGCCGUCAGUCCUUGGAGAGUGGAGGGGUUACUUCCGGGGCGGUAUCGAGAAGCUGUAAGGGAAGUGACGUUUCAGCGUGGCGGCGUCAUGGAGCAGCAGCAACAGCAGCAGCAACAGCAACUGAGAAACUUACGAGACUUCCUGUUGGUCUACAAUCGGAUGACCGAAUUCUGCUUCCAGCGCUGUGUGCCCAGCCUGCAUCACCGAGCUCUGGACACGGAGGAGGAGGCCUGCCUGCAUAGUUGUGCUGGGAAGCUGAUCCAUUCCAAUCACCGCCUCAUGGCCGCUUAUGUGCAGCUCAUGCCUGCCCUGGUACAGCGCCGCAUAGCAGACUACGAGGCUGCCUCGGCUGUGCCAGGUGUUACUACAGAACAGCCCACAGCCUCACCACCAAGCAGUUAGCCAACCCUAACCCUAGGAGGGAAGGUACUGAAAGGACCCAGUGGACCAUGGACUUGAGAGAUCGAGGACAGAGAGAUCGAGGGGUACUGUUGCUCCUUUUCUGGAGCCAAUAAACCCAGUUUUUGCUGUUUGGUUUAAAUGAUGACCAGGGAACCUUUGUUUUGUCAUUUGGUGCAUAUCUACAGGCUUCACCUCUUAGAAGCUGAGAAAUUGCCUUCUAUAUCUAAAAGGACAACCUCAGGCAUCUGAUUAGAGCAGGUCUGUGGGUACAAUUUACAAGUUGUAGUAGCAGCAAGAAGUUAGGACCGGAGAUUUAGCUCAAUGGCAUACUUGCCUGCUUUGCAAGUGCGAGGUCAUGAGUUCAAUUGCCAGUACCAAAAGAAAAAAAAAAAAAAAGAAGUUAGUCGCUGCUCAAAUGACAGAUAAAAUGAGAAAUCACUCUGUCUUUGAGUAUUUAUAACUUAGUCAAGUAUGCAUUGGGGUAUAACUAUUUUUCCCAGACUGUGUCUUGCAAAAAGAAUUCCGUUGGAUCAAUGGAAAGAAGGUGUUACCAACAACAGAAGGGAGAAAAAAAAAAAAACUCCAAAAAUUCCAUAGGGCUUUUAGACAUUGCUUCUUAGGAAGUCAAUGGCCACAGUACACAGAGAAAACCUGUGAGAAUUGGGAUGUUCUGUAAUCGCAAUCUUUUCUUCAGGUUAGUUUCUUAGUAUUUUCUGUCUUCCUGGGAUCACACUAAAAUGUUUUAAGUAAAUAAGAAGGUGUUCUUGUCAUUGGAGCAGUCAAAACUGGGGAAACUACAGUAUAGUCAGAUUUGGGUAAGUCAAAUCAAAGUGAAAAGUAGAUGGUGGUGUUUAUUAAAAGAAUAAAAACAAA